AUGUCAGACAAUAAAAUUGUAGGGAUAGAAUAUAACCGAGUUACCAAUACCGCGUCGACGGAUUUUCCCGGACACCAGAAACAGGGAGACUAUGAAUGGAAUAUCGAGCAUUUCAAAAACACUUUUGAGAUCCAAAUCACCAAUCUUGCAAAUAGAACAGCUACAUUUGACUUGAUACACAUUGACACAUCUAUUGCCAAUGCUUUCCGUCGUAUUAUGAUUGCAGAAGUUCCCUCUGUUGCCGCAGAGACAAUUUAUAUGUUUAUGAAUACCUCGGUAAUUCAAGACGAAGUUUUAGCUCAUAGGAUUGGUCUUGUGCCAUUGAACAUUGAUCCCGAUUCAUUGACUUGGACAGAUAAAAGUAUAGACGAAAAUGACCGGUAUACAGAGGAUAACACUGUAGUGUUGACCUUGGAUGUUUCAUGCACCAAAAACCCACAAGCACUGAAAAGUUCAACUUUGGACCCCAAAGAAUUGUACAAAAAUAGCCAUGUUUAUGCGCGAGAUUUGAAGUUUGAGCCCCAAGGAAGUCAGUUGGAAAAAUUCAAGAACAACCCCGUUGUACCUACAGACCCCGACAUCUUGUUGGCCAAAUUAAGACCAGGACAGGAAAUAUCAUUGAGAGCACAUUGCAUUUUGGGUAUAGGGGCAGACCAUGCCAAAUUUUCACCUGUAUCUACUGCGUCGUAUAGACUAUUACCAGUAAUAGAUAUAAAGGAACCAAUAUCGGGAGACUUGGCUGAAAAAUUCCAAAAAUGUUUUCCACUGGGUGUAAUUGGUAUUGACUCCAAGGGAGAAGCAUAUGUCGAGGACGCUAGAAAGGAUACUGUGUCAAGAGAAGUAUUGAGACACCCAGAAUUUGAAGGCAAAGUCAAAUUGGGAAGACAAAGAGACUAUUUCAUAUUCAACGUUGAAUCUACUGGUGCUAUGCCACCAAGUGAAAUAUUCCUUAAAUCUAUUAGAGUGUUGAAAAGUAAAGCUGAGUAUUUGAGAAACUGUCCUAUAAGUCAAUAA